GUUACAUUAAAAGUUAUUGUUUAAUUAUACUAGAAUGUAUAAGCUAUCAAAAUGUAUAUCUUGGCUUAGUAUAUGUGCCAUAGUAAUAAACUGGAGUAUUGUUAAGUCUGCUCUGCUUUUUACCACAAACUCCGAGUACGGGAUCUUUAUGGCCAUAUCGGUGCCCAUUAGUUUAACGCAUCGGAAUGUAUUUUUAUCGUACAAUUACGAGUUCAAUUACUAUCAGCCUGAGCAUGUCUACAAGUAUCCUCCCAUUUUGAUGGGUCAAGAUUUCGAGGACAGCUAUCUCACAUAUCCUACUACAGGACGUAACGCCCAUGGUGUGUGUCAUAAUUGCACAGAUUGGAAACUGAAAGAAAAUACCACCACAAAUGGUUCCACAAAAGCAUCCUCUUCUCGUGAAAAACGAGCUCUAACAUUAAUGAGCCGAACUGUGUUUUAUGCCAUGAUAAAGGAUAAAUUAAGAAGAUCUGGUUUUCCUGGCGAAGCUUGCCUUCUGCGCUUGAUUUGUGAAACAAAUGCUUCGCAACUGGGAGAGGUGAAUGGGUUUUUGGGCAGCCUAGUACACAUUAUAUUCAGUCCCAGCAGCUCCAAGGACGAGUACUUACCACAUGAGUAUUAUCAGGCCGAGUGGGAUGGCUUGAAACAUCAAAGCUGUGUAGCUUAUACCAAAAAAUGUCCAGAAAACGUCUUGGACUUGAUUUCUGUGCCACUGGAACAGGCGCUUAGCGAUAUAAUAAGUCGUCGUAGAAGAAAAUAAACUGGAGUACCAAGUAG